AUGUAUCCUAGAGUCGAUGUCAGUACCAACUUUGCUCAACACGUUAAGGUCCAUCUAUUCGCGACCGAGUGGAUGAUGGACGAGCUGCAAGCUUUGUCAUUGCACUUAUUACACCGAGAUCUCUGUAACGUCAAGAUCACAGACGGAUCUGUGAAGAAUACCUGCGCCAUGAUUCGAGAAGUCUACAAGCGCACUGCGCCAGCCGACACCGAAUCUGAAGGGGUGGGAGCUGAGUUGCGAGAGCUCGUCCGCGACUUCGCCAUCAAGUGUCGGAAAUGUCUGUUGAAGGUCGAAGCUUUCAAGGACUUGCUUGAGGAGGGCGGAGCCUUUGCACUCGAGUUCAUAGAAGAUAUUGUUGGCAUGGACGACCUGCCCCUCUCCUAG